CAGUAGAGAAAAUUUUCAAACGUUGAGAGAGCACCGGUGUAUAGGGAUCCAAUUGUCGAGACAAUAAUGUGGCUGUACAUGUGGACCCAGCGCCACAUGUACCUUUUUGUCUCGCCCCAGCUUACCUUUUUGUCUCGACAGUUGAAUCCCUACAUAAUGGUGCUCUUAUCGUUUGAAAAUUUUCUGUACAGUUGAUCAUUUGUACAGUUGAGAAAGUACAAACGGAGCCCCCCCGAUCAAACAAAUCUUGAACCAAACAGAAACAUUUGCCUUUCAUUCGGAUGAGUUCAUCAUCUGGCAGAGACAAAAAACAGCCAAAAAAUGGUAGUUGACAUGGAGCUGGAAGAAGCUAAAACGAGAGUAUUGAAUCUGAUGAAAGAGAAGGAUAAAAUUGAGGGUGAAUUGACGGAGUUAAAGGGUAUCUUGGACAAGAAUCAUGUAGGGAUGUUAGAGGCCCUGGUGGACUCUGAGGGUUACCCUAGAGCUGACAUCGAUGUCUACCAAGUAAGACACGCACGAGCCAAGAUAAUCUGUCUUCAGAAUGAUUACAAAGCCCUGAUGAAGAGGAUUGAAGCAGGACUAACCGAGAUACAUUCAGUGGGAAAGGCAUGCCCACCAGAAACCUCAUCAUCUUCAUCCCCUCGUUCUGUAUCUACAACUCCUGUCCAGGACACUUUAUCACCAGGCGAGCCCUUCCUCAGGGUGAAUCUGGUGUCAGAGGGAUCGCCGGCUGAACAAGCUGGACUGCGUAUCAAUGACCUCGUCACCGAAUUUGGAUCCAUCAACUUUCAAAACUUCGGAUCCCUCAAGGAUAUUGGAGAUCUUGUCGCUCACAGUCUCAACAAAUCUGUAAUUGUUAAAGUCAAACGCAGGAGUGAUUACGUAGUGUUAACACUUGUGCCAAAGCCGUGGACGGGCAAGGGACUCCUGGGGUGCAAUAUAAUACCUCUGGAGAAUGUGGAGAGAUAAAUAAUAAUUAUGGAAACGAAAACUAUUCAAUAUUUAUCUAUUGUAUUAUCAAUUAUCUAUUAUGAUUAGGAUUAAAGCAAUGAUGAUAGAGAGGAAAAUUAUUCAAUAUUUCUCGUUAGCUGGAGGAACCACAACUUUUUGUCGUUUAAAAAUGCUUCUCAUAGAUUUUAGUUGGAAAUAUAUCGCCUCCAAAUCCCCUUGUAGUGAAAAGAACAAAAAAUUGCCCAUUUUUUUUCUAAAAUUCUUCGUUAUUUUUCAAACAACCGAUUCAAUCAGAUGAACAAUAAUCUGAUUCAUUUAGAUUCUGAGAGAAUUGUGUGUAAGAAUUUGUAGACUCAAUUUUUUAAGCAAUAAAAUACCCAAUUGCAAAUUA